UAUAGCUAGAAAAAGAAUAUUUUCCAAGCAACAGCGUGUGUACAAGGAAUUUGGCUGUGGGGAGUGUGCAGCAUGUCAAAUCACAGAAGACUGUCAGCUCUGCACUAUAUGUCGACUUAAAGCAGAAAAUAAAGAAUAUGAUCACACCUGGAAGUGCAUUAAACGUAGAUGCCAGAAGAUUGUGUAUGGUUGUAAACACUGUGAGGGCUGCUUAAGCAUGGAGGAUUGUGGAACUUGCAAGCCAUGUUUGAGGGCGCAAGAUAAUCCAAACCGUCGGCGUACCUGGAAAUGUAUUAAACGAAGAUGUGUCAAUCAGCACAAGUUAAAGGCAAAAAAGAUGGGCGAAAAGAAGAGUGGAAAAAGUUCAGAGAAACAACAAGCUUCUUUAGAAACAGAAUCUCUCCCCAUCCAACAACAGGAGGAUGAGAUUGUUCAAAAAUGUGCGACUCCUGUAGAAAAUGUCCUUACUCCCGCAGAGAAGAUUGGGAGACCAAGUGGUUCUUUGGCAAUGGAAGAUAAUCCCCUGGUAAAGGAAGUGCAUAAGAAACCAAGGGUCAAGAUAGAGGGUGAACCAAAGAUAUUAAAGAAGAAAAAAAGUCGUAAAAAUACUGAGGAGAAUCAGCAAUGCAUCACAUCUGAGCUUGGUCCUGAUGGAUAUUUGUAUUACGUUGAUUCUAAUGUUUUACCUUACUCCAGCAGGAGAAAGAGUCGUAUGUGUGGUGAGUGCGAAGCAUGUGUGCAGAAAGUAGACUGUGGAUCAUGUGAUUUCUGCCAAGACAAACCCAAAUUUGGUGGGAUAAAUCGUAAACGGCAGAAAUGCCGCUGGAGGCAGUGCCUGCGCUAUGCUAUGAAGCGCCUGCUCCCCGAGGUCUGGGGCAACCUGAAGGGAGAUCAACUGGGCUCCAUGGUGGCACUGAGUCUGAACCACAGGAAGAACGUGUUCGCCUACCGGAAGCUGGUGAAGAUCAAACAGGCUGCCAGGAGGGUCAGACAGGUCGGAAUGCUGUUUGCAAGGGCAUGGGAGGAAGAGGCUGUUAUAGCUAAAGAGGGUAAACAUAUUAAUCACAUGAAAGGAGUUCCUGGAUUUUACACGACUCCAGUGGCACAGCAAUUAAGUGUCAAACAAGAGGUGAUGGAAGGGAGAUUAAGCCAACAAUUUAUUCAACCAGUGGACACCCAUUUGGAACAACCUACUGAGUUUUUCAAGCCUUCCACAGAGGAGCAGCAUCCACCUCCGCAGCUCAGGCAGCAGAUGAUUGACACACACUUCAGUCAGCAGUGUGUACCACAAGAGUACAGCCAAAUUGGGAAUGUUCCUGGAUAUUAUGGGUCUUCUAUGGAACAGCAGCAGCAGCAUUUCAAGCAGGAGAUGAUUGAAGAGAGAUUCGACCAGCAGCAUAUACCACACGAGAAACAUCAUUUGCCUUAUGGAUUGGAAAAUGGAGCAGUCAAGUCUUUUGAUAACCACGUGGAACCAAUUCGUCAGUUUUAUAGCACUCAUACAGAACAGCGGCAAGUAAAGCGGGAGUCAGUGGAAAUGAUGAUCAGUGCACAGCAGUGCCUCCCUUCUGAAGCUGGGUAUGGGUUGAGACCACCUGUCACAUGUCAGCCUUCUGUACCUACAAUUUGGCCUGAACCCCCGCAAAACCCCCUGCCAAAAAACAGUACCAGAGCACAAGAGCAUACUGCUGAAAUCUCCCAGAACUUCCAGGUAAUGAGUGACAUGCCUACAAGGAACCAAAGAGUUUUAGAGCUCAAGGAAGGGAUGAUGAACGAUACAUCUGGAAGCCAGCAUACAGUUCUUGAGGAGCAAGAUGUUGUGUGCCUGACUCCAGCAGUGACUGAGCAUGUCGCCAUAUGCCAACCAAAGGAGGCAAAUGAAACUGUCGUCCUGGAUCAAGAUGUAAUUUGCCUGCCUCAAGAAACAUCAGAACAUUUAGUUUUAUGUGGACCAGAGGAAGCAGAUGAAAGUACGCCUGUGAUCACUGAGAUAUUUAGCUUGGGCUCCUACCAUUCCAUGUCUAAUCUUGAUGGUGUCCUGCAGGAAUUUCUAAUGGAGUUGAAUGAGCUACCACUGCCGGCUCACUGGGAGGUUCUUCACCCAGCUGGGCCAGACCUUAGGCUUGUCCAGCGGUCAAAGCUGUCUAACAUGUCUGAUACUGUCAUCCAUAUCCAACCAGGACUGGUUUAUUACAUCAUGGUAAAGGAUGUGCCUGUGCCCCUUCAGCAUGAAGUGUUCAGCACCCACCCCACUCGUUUCCGCACUGUUGAUGAUGUAGUCGAACUUAUUUGUGAUCUGGAAGCCUAUAGACCAUGUGCUGGUUACCAGCAAGGCAGUAAUGAAAUCUGUAUGUCCUACCUGGGUGCCCGGUCUCCUCUGUGUGAUGUUCUGGUGUAUGGAGAGCGAUGUGAGAGGUGCCGUAUAAAUCCUGCAGCACUCAGACAUUAACCUUUUAAAUUCUGAACUCAGGGAAGUAAGGCUAAUUCUGGAACUGUAUUGACCAUAACAGUGUAAUGCCUGAUGCACUGAAGAAGUUGGAGGAGUGUUGAGAGAGCAAAUCCCUCCACGUGCUGGUCAUGUAGCUGGUCUUUGGGAGAUUUGUUAACAUAUUGACUGGAUAACUGAAACAGGGCUACUGACUGGUAGUAAACAAUUGGCAGCACUUUCAAGUGAGAGUUGAAAUUGCUUUUCAGCAUAUAGCUUUUGUAGCUUUACACUGGCUUAAUCUAACAAAUGCUGCAGGGCUGACAUUUGUCUUACAUUGAGCAAGUGUUAACUAUUAAAACUGCAGGGAAUAUGUAGUGUGCGUCUGUGAAAUGCAAGAAUUCCUAGGUGUCUUUGCUAGUUUUCUUGCUUUGAGGAUCUUGUUUCAGGGUCCUUUUUUACUUGGACAUGAGUUUGAGUGUCUUUUUAACUUCUGUUUUGGGUCAGUCAUUUUACCCAUUGCAGGUUUCCUUAAUUUUAGGUUAUAAUCAAGAGUAUAUAUUUGUAAUAUGCAAAUAUUCCUUUUAUAUCCCAGAGUUAUGUGCAGGUAAGGUGUGCAUUAAACAGGGGUAUGCAGCUGAGCAGAAUUAAAUGUUUUUUUGGUUCUGUUUUGUACCUUUGUGUAUUUCAUCUGAUUAACAAUGUUAUGUUACCCUAUGUAAAGAUGCAUAACGGAAGUGGAAUCAUCUUAGUUUUUUCUUCCCCCAAAGUCUUCCCUUAGCAGUAUGCUACCUACUAUUUUGGGGAAGUUAGGGGAAAGUUUAACUGGAGUGCUGUGAAAAUCAGAUGGACUGGCCAGUGUACUCAUCUUUUAAAAGUCUCCACAGAUCCAUUGUCUAAAACUUCUUCAGUUGUGUCUACUUCAUUUUUCUAAUUGUGAUGAUGUAUGGUAAUUUUGAUGUCUUGUAGUUUACGCUGCUGUUUUUCAUGUAGCAGAGUAGUUUCAUAAUGUGUCCAAAAUGAACUGGUGGAAGGACACAUCAUCUCAUUUUUAGGAACAGUACACAGUAAUCCUUGCCAUUUGCCCAGGCAUUUCAAAUGUCAAUUUAAUCCUUCAAGCACAUAGUCAAAAAGUUCAUGUGUAAGGUAAAAGCACUGUCUUGUGAUGGCCCUUUUUUUCUAUUUUUGUGUGUGAUUGCACUAGUCUUAACAUUUGUACAACAUGCGCACACAGCCUUUUCAUCAUGUCAUCCAUCACCUCUAUUUGGUCAGGAAUAAAGCCAUUAGGUCAUUGAUGACCAUAGCGGAAAAGGACAUGUCUUGUGUUUCAAGGCUGCAAUAGACAGUGCACAGAAAUUGUUUGAAGAUUUAUACCAUUUUAAAUUAAAUGCAUUUUGGUGGUUUCUGAGAGAGUUGGGGAGGUUACAGAAACAUGGAGAAAAGGCCAAGAUUACAAAGAAAAUCUCUUGCAUUCUUAAUUUGGAAUUAGAAACUAUUAUUGUUAUCCUUGAUAUUCAUUUGUCUUUGUUUAUUUUAAGCUAAAUUGCAGUUUCAGUGUACUAACACCAACAUCUUUAAGCCAAUUGUUUUGCAUUUAUAGCUGACAAGAAGAUGUCGGCAUUUUGUGUUCUCAUAUUGGGUACUAAUGUCAGUUAUUUGUCAUGCUGCUAUUAGGGCAGGUAGCCUAGAACUUAGAAACAGGAAGAAAAUAGCACAUUCUUGUACAGGAGUUCCUACAGCAAGGCUUUGUAUGUUGUUUUUGAUAAAAUGAUGCAAGAAA